UCCACUCAAACUCCCAAGAGCGGCGACCUCCCACCAUCAUCCUAUGAUGGGAGCCAUCUCCCCUGGAAGGUCUUUCGCGAGGAUGUCCUUGGACCACAUCGAAUCAAGAUCAAUGACGCAUCGCCCAUGCAAGGCUUGCUCCCUGAACCCCUUCUCACCUUGAUAGAAAGGGAAACAAUGAAUCCGGAGCGUUUUGAUCAACAAAAGAAAGCCUUCCGAGAACAGGUCGAACAGGGCCGAGGUUUCGGUCCAUCGCCCUUAUUUCCACCGAACAUCCUACCUUCGAUCGAUUCUGAAAACCGUCUGGCCCGGUGCAUGGUUCCAACAUUCAGUCGAGAUGCAUUACCUGUACGGGCAAGAAACCACAAUAGUCCCCUCUAUGAACUGUCCGUCCCUCGAUCCGGUCUCGGUUGUGGCUUCUCUGCCUCUGCACUCUCUUUCGAAGAAAUCAGCACGAUGCCUUCAUGGUUGAUGACAACGGGAACGGUUGUACAUUUCGAUACAGGGUACAUCUCUCCAGGCGCGCCUCUUUAUUGCCCCUUUCUCACGUUCGAGCGUACCAUGGGUGACACACAACUCGAAUCUGCCAAGAAUCAGUGUGCCAUCGCAGGAUCAUGGUGCGUUAGAGCACUGCAGCUACUGUAUGCCCAGGCUUGGAAGGGACAAAUGAUACCCGAAAUGCCUAUCUCAUUUUCCUGCACCAUCGACAACACGUUUGCCAUAUUGAAUUUUCACUGGUUUGACAGUGAUACAUAUUCCAUGGCACCACUUGAUACAUUCGACCUAAGCGAUGACGAGCAGUUCACCAAGUUUCUUGUAUGGAUUGAGUCAAUCGGAAAUUGGGCGACUGCUCAUCAUCUUCCGUUGAUCAAGACCGCAUUGGAACGCAUCCGGAUGAAGGAUACGACCCCUCCCGCCACGCCCCGACAGCCCAAACUGUCUGUGGCGACUGGAAUUUGCCCCGACGAACAGCUGAUUAAGUCCCUCAAGACGACCUUCAAUAACAUUCCCUGGCGUUUCGAAGAUGAUGAAUUCACGCCGGUCAGCAGCAGUACCGCUAGCUGGGGAAGUCCUAUAGUCACGAAUGCCACAUUUGCCAAUUUAGUUUAUCCUAUGGUUGCACCUGGCCAGCUCAGGAGCACCGCACCACGCUCUGCUGUUUCUAAGCGGCUUCUUCCUCAGAUCGGUCAGCCUACACCCCCACCGGCGUACGCGGCGAACCCUGAACUUGUGUGGCAGAAGCGAUUCGGUCAUGCCAUGGACGAGAUCCGGGAGUUACAGCAGCAAGUGCUGGCCCUGAAGAACGAAGUCGAUGGGUCGAAUAUGUCUUUUUUGAAUGAGUUGUCUGGGGUGAAGUCAACCAUGACCUCAGUACUCCGAAAGGAGACUCUG